AUGGUAGACCCCACAUCUUCAACACCCUCUCCACCAACACAACAAGAUGGGAUAAUAGGUACGACCUACUUCGGAGCCGUGAUCUCCCUUCUCUCUUCCAACAACGGCACCCUCCCUCCGUUCAGCGCCACUAUCUUCCUCCCACGCGACGCCUCCCUCGACCGUCCUGUGUCGGAUCCCCUUCUACUCCCCUAUCACGUCGUCCCUCAGCGCCUCCCCUUCUCCGACCUCCUCCUCCUCCGCCGCGGCGCCCGCCUCCCUACCCUCCUCACCGGCAAAACAAUCUCCGUCACCGACAACUCCCCCGCCAAAUUCUCCAUCAACCACAUGCCCCUCAUCCACCCUGACCUCCUCUCCACCCCCUACCUCGCCGUCCACGGCGUCCAGUCCUUAUUCAACUACUCCUCCGGCUGCCGCCUCAACGGCGUCGUUUCGGUCCCAUCCUUCUCCUUGGUUCUUCCACGGCUACUAUCAUCAUACUGUGCCAAGGUUUUUCAAUCUAUCCAAGAAAUAAUUGAGUGA